GUGCUCACUGUUGGUCAACCAGUGUGUGUGUGUACACAACUUAGAAGGGCUGAGGGCACUGUGUUUGGUUUAAGGAAAAAACAGGAGACACACUGUAAGCAUGGCCGCUGUCCAUCGUUUGGUUAUCGUGCGCCACGGUGAGAGUGCCUGGAACCAGGAGAACCGCUUCUGUGGCUGGUUUGAUGCCGACCUCAGUGAGAAGGGUGUCGAGGAGGCCAAUCGUGGAGCCCUGGCUAUCAAGGAGGCAGGCCUCAAGUUCGAUGUGUGCUACACCUCGGUGCUGAAGCGUGCAGUGAAGACCCUGUGGACCAUCAUGGAAGGAACAGACCAGAUGUGGCUGCCUGUGAUUCGCACCUGGCGUCUGAACGAGCGUCACUACGGAGGCCUCACUGGUCUCAACAAGGCCGAGACGGCUGAAAAGCACGGUGAGGAGCAGGUGAAGAUCUGGCGCCGUUCUUUUGACAUCCCACCUCCACCCAUGGACAAGGACCACCCUUACAACAAAAUUAUCAGUGAGUCCCGGCGUUACAAGAAUCUGAAACCUGGUGAGCUUCCCACCUGUGAGUCACUGAAAGACACCAUCGCCCGCGCCCUGCCUUUCUGGAAUGAUGUCAUCGCCCCUGAAAUUAAGGCGGGAAAGAACGUUAUCAUCGCUGCCCAUGGCAACAGCCUCCGUGGCAUCGUCAAGCACUUAGAGGGUAUGUCUGAUGCAGCCAUCAUGGAAUUGAACCUGCCCACAGGAAUCCCAAUUGUCUAUGAGCUGGAUGCAGACCUGAAGCCAGUUAAGCCCAUGUCCUUCCUCGGUGAUGAGGAAACCGUAAAGAAGGCCAUGGAGGCUGUGGCUGCCCAGGGCAAAGCCAAGAAGUAAGGCCAACCUUGGAGGCUCUGUGAGGAGGCAGAAAAAGAGACUGUUCCCCCCCUAUUGUCCUUCAACAUUUCCUCCUUCCUGGUUGUCCAUCCUUGUAGUGCAUUCCAACUGGGGAAAUGUUUAAUGGUUCUUUUGGAGACGGGCCAUAUUCAGCACAUUAGACAUGUUUGUUUAAAUGGCAGACAGAGGGAUGACCUGUCAGUCACAACAGACAGUCUGGCCCUACAUUUUAUGCAGCCACACAUCACUCAGCCCUUUUAAAUUGUGGUCAAGCCCUAAAUGCUGAGGGCCUCACCACCCUGGUACAACCAAUAAAGAAACAAUGUUUUUA